AUGCCCACAACGUCAGCAUCAUCUCCGCAGUUGCUGGCCCUUCGAUCCGCUUCUGGCACCACGAUGGCCCCACAUUUUUCGACUUCGGCAGCUGCGGAGGCGGCGGCUACCUCAAGUGAUCAGGAGAUGUCUGUGAAGACAGUCGAGUAUGACGAGGACUGGCACCGACUACCCAGUGACAUCAGCUACGUCCAAGACCUUUUAGCUUCCCUAGAGACGAGACAGCAUGGGCCAGCUGCUGCCUCUUCCCCGCUCGCCGCCAUGACUGGAGGUCCUUCCUACACCACUGCCGCACAACGAGAUAAAGAGCAGGAGGCGCGUGAGAUUGCGGACCAGCGUGUUCGCGAGCGACAGGUCACCAUCAUCGAGGGACGGCGCUGUCGAUUGCAGCGUAGGUGCGACGCAAUCGAUGAGGCUUUUCACAAUGCGCUGAAGCGGCGAUGGCAUGCGAUGCAGCACCUUGCCGCCGAUCCGCCCGCCGAGCGUCUGGUGGGGCAGGGUAUGACGCAGUACGUUCCGGCGGCGCUGCUGCCGGAUGGCGUGGUGAGCAGGCGUGGGGUCCGUCAACCGGGCUUGGUACCCCUCGUACCGCAGUCGGCGGUGGAGUCGCAGAUGUGCCGCGCACCCAAUGCACUGGCGAUCAAAGAAGCAGGUCCUGCUUCAGCUGCGACGGUGAGGGCCCUCACAGAUCGUUCUCUUGGCGCGCCUGCAGAGCAGGACACCAUCGUCUUCCUGACCCAACUCGACCCUGAUGGGAGAGUUGUACGCAAGGAAGAGGCAGCGGGUCACAGCUACAGCCCGAACCCGUCUCCUUCAGCGUUGUCACGGGCGGUGGCGGUGGACAGCGGAAAAGGAAGGAGGAAACACGAAUCCCCACCACCAACGUCCGCGUGCGCUGUCUCUACCAUUCUCGCCGAGGCAUCGAUGAAUGCAGACGCGGAUGAGGACGGCGAUGACAAGGGAGCUUGGAUGCGGCCCACGAUAGUUACGGAGGCGAACAAAGCACACUGGCACGAAAUGGGCUAUCGCAUCGUUGUGGUCGGCGAGGCGGGACCGUGCAGCAGCGCCGAUCGACGUGAGGCUGACGCUGUGCGUCGCGCGAUUCGGUCUGCCACGACUUCGUCGAGCGAGGGGGUGGCGCCGUGUGCAAUUGAGCAGCUAACUGCAGUCUCCUCGUCAUCCUCUAAGCGCCGCAAGCCCCCGAGCGACAAACAGGCAAAGCACACCGUUGGCCCACGGUGGGAUUGGAUUCAGCUUGCGCCGCUUCCUCCGAUGUGCCUCGUGCAACGGCGUCUUCCGGAAGAAGAUAUGACUGUCGCUGAGCUGCGGAAGCAGCAUCACCGGCGCACUCCCGUUGCUUCUUCCAUCACUUCUGAGCUGUGUGGGCGGCAGAGCCGUCGUGAUCGCUCGUGGAGGAUGAGUAGUAAGCCUGCGCCCCACUAG